AAAUUCUCAUCGCCGCUGCAACACCAAAAUAUUGCCAUCAUGGAAAUGCUGUCUCCUGUCUCUCUGCAAACAAGGAGUUCCCAGUGCAUGGCUAAGGCUACCCCACUACUGUACCGGUUGUUGAAUCGUCAUUGCACCGUUGACAAGAUUAUUAGUAUCUUUACGUAACAACGGUUGGUGGCAAGCUCGCCCUCUAGAUUCAGAUAUGCAAUCUUAUAUGUGUAAAGUCUCUUACGAGAAGCUCACUCGCCACAGAUAGAGAUGCACAAGCACAAGCACUGUCAAGCAUAGGCAGGCAUCGGUUACAUGCCACACGAUGGAGCGAGACAGAUAAGACGCAUGCAAGAAGACACACCAAGAACCAUCAACCAAUGUCUCCUGGCCUCGUUUACCAAUAGCCUCAUCGGAAACCCUUCCACCGUGCUGCACUCGGCCCAAUUUUCUAAUUCUUUGCGCCUUGUUUCCGGAAUUGGCGUCGACGUCAAUUCCUUGACACAUGGGGCUGAUGCCAUUCGCGCCUUCCGAGAGACACAAUACACUACAAGAUCGGUGGAAGUAGGUAUUCGUUGUUCAUCCCUUUACGUCUCGAUUACCACCUACCUGGUCAACUACUGUACAGUACCACUACAUUACGUUCUUUCUUACCACAAACCUUGAUCGCCUCUGUCUUAUUAUUCAGAAAUAUUAUGCUUUCAUGCCCUAGAUAGAUGGGAUUUUCGGCAGAGGAAGCCGCACUUGCUUUUCAUACAGUAUCUUCUACCUCCUACUUUUCCUCAAUCUCUUCAUUCUUGGAUCCAAUCAAUGUUUUUCUGUCACUCAGUUGUAUCUGAAAUUUAAUUUUCCAUCUUUCAAUUUCAAUCGAGGAGUCCCGACGUCAUCAUGGACGACCAAGAUUCUUCCAAUUCGUCCUGGCUUCCCAAAUUCUUCCCGUCCAGGACAGCCACACCGACAUCUACCCCACCAAACGAACGAGAACGGAAUCGGGAACCCCUUCUCCCAAAGUCGAAAUCCAUCAACACCAAUAAUGCACAGUCCGUAUCUUCCUCUGCAACAGAAGGAGAACCAUACAAACUAGAGAACGAAGAUUCGCCGACCAAACAAUGGCUGGCCGAAUUCCUCCUCUUGCUUCGCGGCUCCCUGCCCGUAAUUCUCGCCUAUACUUUGCAAAACUCCCUACAGACGAUAUCAGUUUUGAUAGUAGGUAGACUGAGUCCAGAGGCAUUAGCUACAGCCGCAUUUUCAUACAUGUUCGCCAUGUCGACGGCAUGGCUCAUUGCGCUUGGUGGAUCGACUGCUUUGGAUACAUUAGCUUCCUCGACAUUUACGGGAAGCAAGAAUCCUCACGAUUUAGGAAUCUUGUUACAACGAUCGUUUAUCGUUCUUACCGCAUUUUAUAUCCCGGUGGCGAUUUUAUGGGCGUGUUCUGCGCCGGUGUUUAGACUUCUUGGACAGGAGGAGUAUAUCUGUGUUGAUAGUGCGAGAUUCUUGACGGCUUUGAUUCCAGGAGGUUUAGGAUAUGUAUACUUUGAAUCCAUGAAGAAGUAUCUCCAAGCUCAAGGUAUGGGCCAUCCUCGCCUCUUCUCACUUCCCAAUUGAAUCUCCAUGUUAACAUCAUUUCAGAAAUCAUGCAUCCAGGAACGUACGUCCUCCUCAUCACAUCUCCUAUCUCCGCUGGUCUAAAUUACCUCUUCAUUCACACCUUCUCCCUUGGACUCCUCGGCGCCCCACUCGCAACAGGCCUCUCAUACUGGCUAUCCUUCCUCCUCUUGGUCCUCUACUCCCGCUUCAUAGCCGGCUCAGUGUGCUGGGGAGGCUGGACACUAGCCAGUCUCCAAAAUAUACGCACCUUUGCCCGUCUCGCAAUCCUAGGCGUCGUCCAUGUCGGUACCGAAUGGUGGGCUUUUGAAAUCGUCGCCUUGGCUGCUGGAAGACUAGGGACGAUUCCCUUGGCGGCACAGAGUGUGAUCAUGACGACGGAUCAGGUUAUGAACACUAUACCUUUUGGCAUCGGCGUUGCGGCUUCUGCGCGCGUGGGAAAUCUUCUGGGAGAUAGGAAUGCGAAAGGAGCAGCGAGGGCAGCAAAUGUGGCAGCUUGGCUGAGUAUCGCCAUGGGCUUCUUGGUUCUCAUCAUCUUGAUGUCCGUGAAGGAUUUCUACGCCAAGAUCUUCAACGAUGAUAUGGACGUUGUCCGUCUCACCGCGGAAGUCAUGCCUUACGUGGCGCUCUUCCAGAUCGCGGAUGGCUUGAAUGGGAGUUGUGGGGGAAGUCUGAGGGGCAUGGGAAGACAGCAUAUUGGCGCGGCGGUUAAUAUCGUGAGUUACUAUAUGGGUGCCCUGCCGCUGGGCAUUUGGCUAGCCUUCCAUGGAUGGGGACUUACGGGGCUGUGGGUCGGUCAGUGUAUUGCUCUUUAUUUGGUCGGGGGCAUUGAGUGGGUUGUUGUGAGGAGGAGUGAUUGGGAGGUGCAGGUUGAGAGGGCGUUUGACAGGAUGGAUGAGGGGGCUAGGGUGGAG